GUUUGAAUACCUGUAAAUGGAGAAGCUGCCAAGAACAAAGUUCAAAAACAAAGCAAACUUUAAAAAACAUCUUUAAAAAUGUGACGUGAUGUGUAGACCAUCCAAAUGCACACACACAUUAGUAUGUACAAACACACCACAGACACACACCCGGUGCAGCCUUCGGGUUACAAAUCUGGCUCUCUAUCCAUUUGGCAUAAGCGAUCCAAUUUUCCUUGGUCUUUUGAGAUAAGAUUUUCUAAGGACUUAGAUAUAUUAGAUAGAAAAUAUAUUAUAACUUUAGCAGCUAUGAUAGCAGCUAUUGUUCUUAACACCAAAAUAAUUUAGAAUUAAAGUAGAUAAGAAUUAGGAAUCAUAAACAUUGUACUUCUCCAGGGUGUGAAAGUACACACCCUGUAAAAUAGGAUCCCUAUUUUUGCACAAAUGCAUCUAAAAAAUCCCAAAAGUUUGGAAAAAGUGGCUGAAGUUUCUCUGAUAAUUUCAGUCUGAUUUACUGUGGACUGACAUAAUGUAAAGUAACUUUUUAAAGAGUCUGUUAUUGAGGAAUCAUUUAAAAUCGAUGUUUAAAACUCAGUUAAUAUACUGUGAAGGGGUUGUUUCUUAAAAAAAAAAAAAAAAAAAAAAAAAAAAAACUUUUUUGGAAUUACAUGCAAUAAUAUAUCAUAUCACAUGACCCUUUUAAUCAUACAAAAUAUUGUGCUCACAACAUCUCUACAACAACAUGAUAUUGACUUUGCAAGCUCCAAGUAGCACAGUCCAGAGAUCACUGUGACACAAUGCUAUGUUUACAUGGAAGGGUUUAAAAAAAAAAAAACAAAAAAAAAAAAAACAUGCAAAGUUUGGAAAGCUAUAAACAUGAUGAAUUAAAAUGUAGUGUUCUUCACAGUCUAAAGAGCAAUGAAAUCAUAAACACAUCACUGCUCUGGAUCGUUUGAUGACAUUUUGUUAGAAGACGAUUAGUUUAUCUAACAAAAUUGGAUCAGAAGAUAAGGUCUCAGGGUUCAUUCUCAGAAAACAGUGCCCUAAAGUACACACACCAAAGUAUCAAAAGGUACUAACUACUAAACCUUAAACCUUACCCCAGAGCUCUAUAUUAUUUAAACCAGUCAUAAGUAUAAUAUACAACAAAAUACAAUAGAAUACUGUACAAUUGUACAAUUUAUUUAUAUAUUAUAUGUAUGUAUGUAUGUAUGUAUUUCAUUGAUCUUUCCUUGAAAAUAAUUUAGAAUUAAAAGAGAUAAGAAUUAGGCAAAUAUAACAUGGACAAUUACAAAUUCUGCAAUUUAUCAAAUACACAUUUUAUACACAGUAAAAAUACACAGACACUGAAAUGGCAUUCUUUUUAGUAGUAGUAUAUAUUUGUUAUUAUUAUUUUAGUUCACAUCCCCCUAAAUGUUACACUGCAAAAAAAAAAAAAAAAAAAAAAAAAAAAAAAAAAUGCUUUUCUUGAAAAUCCUUCUUGAUUUAAGAAUUUUUAGAUAUUUUGGCUGGAAAUAAGACACAAAAUCUAAGUAAGAAAAGCAUUUUUUGCAGUGUAAUUAUUUUACCAAAAUAAAAGGGAUUAUACAAAAUGCAUGUUAUUGUUUAUUUAGUACUGACCUGAAUAAGAUAUUUCAUAUAAAAGAUGUUACAUAUAGUUCACACGACACAAAAAUAAUAGUUGCAUUUAUAAAAAAUGACCCUGUUCAAUAGUUCACAUCCUCUUGAUUCUUAACACUGUGUUCUUACCUGAAUGAUACCCCCCACCCCCAACUCUUAAAGCAUUGUUUUUCCUUCUGGAGCAUCAGUGAGUGUUUGAAUCUUCUGUAAUAAUUGCAUAUGAGUCCCUCAAAUGUCCUCAGUGUAAAAAGAUGGAUCUCAAAAUCAUACAGUCAUUGUUGGAAAGGAUUCAAAUAAACAAAAAUGCUGAAAAACCAAAAGACCUGAAGGAUUAGUCUUUCAUGCUAAAUAUUUUAUUCAGGUCAGAACUAAAUAAAACAAUAGCAUGACUUUUGUAUGAUCCAUCUAAUUUUGGUAAAAUAAUUCACAUUUUGCAGAUUCUGCAUAGUAAACUCUUGACCUUAACUGUGCAAUUCACAGGUUCCUGAAAAAGAUCCUCCAAAACUUUCAGUGUAUAAGAUAAAACCACUCGCCUCAUGUUGCAACAAGUGAAGUGUUACAAAAUCCUCAUUUGCAUUGAUUAGGGUACAGCAGAAGUUCGCAAACUUUGGAGGUAUUUGAACUCACCAUCCAACAGUAUGCCAUACAGGACUGUAGCAUGUCGCAACCUGCCCUCUCCUUGAAUCAAUCAUCCAUAUGAUCACAGUCAUUGUGGAGCCCACUGAUAAGAGUGAGUGUGGGGGCUGUGAUGUUGAGUGAAACUGUAUCAUGUGUCAGUAACCUAUCAGGAGAAGACAGAAGGGUUUGUGGCUUUUAUAUGACAUAUAUAUAAGCUUCCAUGGACCAUCUAGAUUUUGUUGCUGUGUCUGGAAGAAAGACUGCAGCUCCAUCAUGAAGCAGUGUGUGGUAUUGAUGAUGGCCUUCCUGUGCGUCCAUGGGGCCCCUGUGGAUGUUCUGACCCCAGGAUCCUGCCAAGAUGCAGUAGCUAGUGGAGCUGCCGCUGAAGCUAUGAACAAAAUCAAUCUGGAUCGCACGGAGGGCUACGUUUUCAGCCUUGAUCGUCUCACCAAUGUAUACUACAUGAAGCAUGGAGAGUCAGGCAUUGUCUUCUAUCUCACAUUCAAUGUUUUGGAGACCAAGUGUCAUGUCAUCGGCAAGAAAAACUGGAAAAAUUGUGAAAUCCGAAACCCUGAAGAGUAUCCGGUCUAUGGACAAUGCAAAGCAGUUAUGUACAUGAACAGAAUUCACAGAGUGACCCGCCUGUACAAGUAUAGCUGUACCGUCAGACAAGUGCCUGCCUCCAAAAUCAGAGAACGGUGCCCGGAUUGCCCUGUACAGCUCCCUGAGGAUCAUGAAGCAGCCUUGAAGACAAUGAAGAUGGGCAUGGAGAAAUACAAUAAAGAAAGUGCCUUGGCAAACUACUUUGCUCCUUUGAACAUUACAAAAGUUUUCUCUCAGCUUCACUUUGGGAGAUUCUACAGUGUCGAGUUCACCAUCCAAGAGACAGUCUGCUCUUCCAAAACCAACAUAGCUGAUGUCUCUAAUUGUGAGGUCAUGGGAUGUAAGUUUGCGCACAAAGGAUUCUGCAAAGCCUCCCACAGUGUCACAGUUACUGGUGAAGAGAACCUCAGUGUUCAGUGUGAAAUCUUUGAACCAGAGACUGCUGAGGAGGAGAAGAAAAAACACUUGAUUGGAGGUGAACUGGACCACAGCCAUAGCAGUUCAGCUGGCUCAGCUACUGGACAUGACCAUGACCAUGACCAUGACCAUACCAAACCCCACACACACAAACAUGACCAUGAGCACACCCCAGGCCACCACCACACACAUGAACAUGGCAAAGGCCAUGGACACACCCACUCUCAUGAUCAUGACCACGCUCAUGCCCAUCACGCCAAAGCCCAUGAGCACAGUCAGGAUGAGUGGGAGCACCAUCACCACCAGUACGGUCACAAAAAGGGGGAGACCCAUGAACACGACCAUGAGUUGGCCCUGGACCAUGAGCACAAUCACAGACAUCUCCAUGAGCACGAGCACCAUCACCACCACCACCACCACGAUCACGAAAAUCAAACCACAGUUAGGCGUCCUGAUGGCAUGGUCAAUGUCCUUCCUCCCGUGGACAAGCCCAUGACCCUUCCUUCCUUCCCUGACAAGCCCGCUGCAGGACCAGAGCAGCCCUCCACCCUCCCGUUCCACCCUGACCCCCAGAUACCAGGACAAAGGGAACCCGCCAUCCAUCCCUUCCCUAACGGCAUGUCCCCUGAGUGUCCUGCACAGUCCAAUAUUCAAAAUGGACUACUCAAGCAGAUCAUCAGUGAGGAUCCGCUCUUUAAACCCACUGUGUAGAGACCUUUGAAUAUUUAAUGUACGUGUAAUAAAUACUGCAA